UCGGUACGUCUCGAAUUCCGUUCGGCUUGUUUUCUCUAUCGCCGAUGCAAUGUUCCGCCUGGUCCUGAAGAAAAGGAAGAGAUGCUGGCUCGGUAUAGGGGCGCUAACAGGAAGUGAAAGGCAACCUCUCCUGCAGUCGUGGGGUGUGUUGUGUGUGUUCUCGAGUGGGACCAGGCGCGAAAAAAGGACGAAAGCCCCCACAACACACUGCUUGGCCGUGGGGAGCCCAGCAGAGGAACCGGCGUCCUGCUGUGGGGGAAUCUCAGUCACGGUAGUGGCUGGCGAUGGAAGAAGGAGCUAUAGACCUGAGGAAGAGAAAGAAAUCAACUUGUACAGAAGCUGAAGAAGAUGCUCCUAAACAAGAGAAUGAAGAAAGCAAAAAGAAGAAAAAAUCUCCAAGAUAUGUCUUAAUCCCACGGUUUGCAAAGCUUUUUUUCGGCUGUCUUGCAGCAGUUGUAAGUGGAAUGAUGUAUGCUGUAUACCUUUCGACGUACCAUGAGCGCAAGUUCUGGUUCUCCGGCAGACCGGAGCUUGAACGGGAAAUCACAUUUCAAGGUGAUAGUGCUAUAUACUACUCAUUUUAUAAGGAGUUGUUAAAGGCACCCUCCUUUAAAAGAGGCAUUUAUCAACUUACCCAUGACAACAACACUCUGUCAAUGAAAACCAUGAAUGCUGUGCGACAGCUGACUUUGUAUCCGGAGCUGAUAGCAAGUAUCUUAUAUCAAGCAUCCGGCAGUGAAGAAGUUGUUGAACCUGUAUAUUUUUACAUUGGCAUCGUAUUUGGCUUGCAGGGGAUCUAUGUGACGGCACUCUUUGUAACCAGCUGGCUUAUGAGUGGAACUUGGCUAGCAGGGAUGCUGACUGUUGCUUGGUUCGUCAUUAACAGGGCUGAUACUACGAGGAUAGACUACUCUAUCCCUUCAAGGGAAAACUGGGCCCUGCCGUAUUUUGCUUGUCAAGUUGCAGCUCUUACAGGCUAUUUAAAGAACAACAUAAACUCCUCUGCUGAGAAAUUUUGCUACUUGCUGGUGAGUGCUUCAACAUACACUUUCAUGAUGAUGUGGGAAUACAGUCACUACCUGCUGUUUAUCCAGGCUAUUUCUCUCUUCCUGCUAGACGUCAUUGGUCCCAUACAGACAGAGAAGGUACACGAAGUGUAUAAAAUUUACCUCUUUUCUCUGUUUCUGGGAUACAUGUUACAGUUUGAAAAUCCAGCUUUAUUAGUUUCUCCACUACUAAGUCUUGUUGCUGCUGCGUUGCUGGCAAAAUACCUUCAGAUGAACACAAAAAAGGGGACACUUCUUUCAAGGAUGCUAAAAAUCGUUUAUUUUUAUUUGGUAUUCACAGUGACAGUGACUUUGAAUCUAGUAGCAAAGACGUUCGUUUCCUAUAAAGAAAAUGAGCAUUUAAUGAAAGUAGUUGAAGUAAAGCUGGGUUUAAACACAACUAAGAACUUCACUGUGAAUUGGCUCCUCUGUCAAGAAUCUCUUCAAACUCCAUCCCAAGAUUUUUUCUUGCGGCUUACUCAGUCCUCGCUGUUGCCUUUCUACAUUUUAGUGCUGACGAUUUGCCUCGUCUCUCUUGGUCAGUCCAUCUUUCUGAGGAUUAGCGGUAAACCAGUCUGUGGAACGCUGGAGGGUGGGAGAGUUGGAGAAAGACCAGAAGUGGUGUACCAUAUACUUCACACAGUUUCCCUGGGUUUGCUUGCCAUGACAAUGGAAGGAAUGAAGUACAUGUGGACCCCCUACGUUUGCAUGAUUGCAGCAUUUGGAGUCUGUUCUCCAGAGCUUUGGAUGACGCUUUUCAGGUGGCUUCGACUGAAGGCUGUACACCCCAUUUUGCUGGCUCUCAUCCUGAGUAUGGCAGUCCCGACUAUUAUUGGCUUCAGCUUAUGGAAAGAGUUUUUUCCUAGGAUAGUGGCAGAACUUUCAGAACUGCAGGAAUAUUAUGACCCUGACACAGUAGGACUCAUGACUUGGAUCAAAAGACAGGCUCCUAUUGCUGCUGUGUUUGCUGGCAGUCCCCAGCUAAUGGGCGUGAUCAAAUUGUGUACUGGAUGGAUGGUGACAAACCUGCCCUUGUAUAAUGAUGACGAACUGCAAAAGAGAAAUGAGAAUAUUUUUCAGAUCUACUCUAAAAGAUCAGCUGAAGAUAUUUAUAAGAUACUCACAGCCUACAAGGCUACUUACUUGGUGAUAGAGGAUUCAAUUUGCAAUGAGGUGGGGCCUGUGAGAGGAUGCCGGGUGAAAGAUUUACUAGACAUUGCCAAUGGCCAUGUAUAUUAUGAGGAGAAUGACAGCUAUGGCUACUCAAAAUAUGGGCGUUUUUGUCAGGAGAUCAAAAUGAACUAUUCUCCGUAUGUGAAUUACUUCACUCGAGUAUAUUGGAACAGGUCCUACUAUGUAUAUAAAAUUAAUACUGUGAUAUCCUUCCAGUCCUGAGAAAUGAUGGAGAUGACCUUUUGAAGACUGUAUGUGUUUGCUGAUUUCUUAAAUGGGAUGAGGUUAUUGACAAACUCUUAUUUUGGAAUCCAUAUACAUUACAUGCACACCUGCAUACACGAACGCACACAUUGAGAACACUCAGAAUACCCAUAGACGUUGUAUCUCAUUGGAGUAUCGCAAAGUGACUGUAGCGCAGCAAGAGAGAGACGUAUGCUUCUGGAACAUGGAAAGAGAAGAUAUGGUGGUCUUCCAAGAUUUUAAAUACCUCUUCUUGGCUUUUUUGGUUUUAUUCAUGUUCAUUAUAUUGUGCAUAGAUUUUUUUUCUUGUUUCAGUUUUUAUAACAAUGACUGUCUUAGGCUAGAUUUAUUCACUUUGUUAAAAAUUUAUAUAAUAGGUAAACAUGCUGGGCAUGACCCUCAAACUAUGCACAUUGAUCUGAGAUGGGUGAGGUUCUGUAAUUUGUAUAUAUGGUUUCCCACUACUUUUUUAAAAAAGUUAUAGAAAAUGAGAAGAAGCAUUCCAUCUUCCUUAUGGUUACCGGACAGUUGAAGACAAUAGGUUUGGAGAAGGUACUGGCAUGCUGAGCUGGUCAACUUACUUUUGGACUUUGACUUCCCGGAAUCUCCCAGUCGGCAUGGCCUCUUCUGUACUGGCUGGGAUAGGAUGAGAGGUAUAAUCUAAAAAAUAACUUCUGUGGGUGCUGAAUGAAGGUAUAUGUAAACUAUGCUUUGGCUGAGACUAACUAUAUUUAAUCAUGUUGACAAUCUGUUAUUCAAGGCACUGCCAGAUCUCUCGCUGGAUUUUAGUACCCCAUCAUUAUCCCCUAUAUUUGCUGAAAUACUAUACUUAAGAUAACAUAUACAGUGGACUAUGUGUUCUUGUUUUACAUUUGAAAAAAUCAGUGCCUCAUGGGGGUGAGCAUAUGUACAAUGUUCUUCAAAAUAUCCAGACGAACUUUUGUGUAUUAGUCAGAUACAUUGAUCUUCUCGUUCUGUCAAAUAUACAGUUCGGUUCUGGGACAAGAACACCCUGCUCCUACACUCAAGGAAGUUUAUCUAAACCCAUUUUCCAGAUUUCAGCCAUUUUGCAGGAAGAUGUGUCUCUCUAGCUAUUGCUAAGAGAUUGCAUUAAGCAAGAAAUUCUGUUUUCCUAACUGUGCUGUGAAUAGGCAGUGUGCUCGUGCCUGCAGUACAUUUGUUUUCCCUUUCUCGCAUGCAUAUAUAUAGCUGAAAGGAAAUAGCUCUUUUGUGAUCUCUGAGCAAAAAAGCAAAAGCAAAAUGUGCUGUUUAUAUACUACCCCAUAGCACUUCAAGCA